AUGCGGUAUGGCCUCUGCUGGGAAUUGUGGCUCGCUUGGGCGACGAUGAUGCUUGCAAGCACUGCCUUGCAAGGUGUCUACUUUACUAUCUUCCUGCCUGCCGAAGCUGACUCUCGGAUUCCCGAUUUCGGCCUGGCGAUCGUGACGCCCGUCGUGCCAGUUCUAGGCGAGCCCCUGGACACCUUCAAAGAUUGGCUUUUCGUUGGCCUGGCUUUGCCGCAGAGGACCUGGCUAGCCUUUGCAGUGGCUCUGGUUGGCCUUGGCAUCCUGUGCCUCUCCGGCAGGUAUCUGUGGAGGCAUCACUCGGAAGAGUUGGCAGCCGGUCUGCUCCCUGUUCGUGCAGCAUGCUACCGACGCCACGACCACACGCUCCUGGCAAAGCUGUCCUCGCCAGCGAAGCUGGCUGUGGCCAUCACGGAGGAUCUGCCACAGGCAGCCCUCCAGUCACUCUUUGUGCUGAUCUACGGAGGUUCCGCUACGCAGUACUUCUUCAUCGUCAUCGCGUCGCUCAAGGCCUUGGCCUGCCUGCUGCUGCGAGCGACGAUCUUGGAGAACGAGGGCCGGUACAGCGAUGCUAACGAGGCGCGCAUCUUCUUGUACCGUCUGAUGUCGGCCGUGGGGAGUUCAUUGCUGGGCAGGCGCAGUGAAGUUGUUCUGCAGACUCGGCGCAAUCUUGCAAGGUCCUUGAGUGACCUCGGUCGUCAUGCCGAAGCUUGGGACAUGCUACGAGAGGUGCUGGCUGAUCAGCAGCAGGUGCUAGAAGCGACCCAUCCCGACACACUGCUUACCCAAAGCUAUCUUGCGCUUGUUCUGAGCCGCUUCGGUCGUCACGACGAGGCCCUCGAUGUGCAGCGGGAGGUGUUGUCCGCUCAUCAGGAGGUGCUGGGGGAUGCUCAUCCGGACACCCUGCUGACCCACAGUAUGCUGGCGACUUUCUUAAGCCGCCUCGGCCGUCAUGCCGAGGCCUUCGAUGCACAGAGGGAGGUUUUAUCGGCUCAGCAGCUGGUGCUGGGAGAUGAUCACCUCGAUACCUUGCGGACCCAGAAGAACCUCGCCAGCUCUCUCUGCCGUCUUCAUCGCCAUGCGGAAGCUCUAGAUGUCUACCGGAAGGUGGCUGCUGCUUAUCAGCAGGUGCUGGGAGCGGCUCAUCCCAAAACCCUCCUGACUCAGAGUAACCUGGCGGCGUCCCUCAGCCAUCUCGGUUGCCACAAGGCCGCUCUAGAAAUGCACCAGGAGGUCCUGGCUGCUCUGAAGCAGGCCCUUGGAGUGACUCACCCCGACGCUCUCCGCAGUCCGGGCCUGAGCGCUUUGAGGGGAGUAGGGUUUAGGGUUGAGGGUUCUGUGGGUUUUUGUUUCAGUGUUUAG